AUGACGAAAAGCACCCAUUUGAAGCUCCCAUCCGAGGAGGUUGAGGCCCGGGGACGUAUCCCCGUUAAUCCCUUUGGCCGACUGCCGUUGGAAAUCGUGGAGCGCAUCUGUCUAUACUUGCCUGGGGAGUCUCUGAAAGCGCUAAUACAGGCCUCGUUGAGCAUCCGGCUUCUUACACAAGAUAACUUCUUCUGGAAGAGGUUCAUGCAGUGGGAUAUGCCGUGGUUCUGGGAGCUGCAUGCCUCCCAGGCCCUGAAGAAGGGUCCGGAGGAUUUGAACUAUAAGCGACUGUACUUGUUACUUGACAGCAUGACGGCGCCACGGUAUGGUAUGGAUGAUCUUAGUGUGAUUGGAGUAGCCAACCGUCGACGUAUCUGGGGGGUGUGCGAGCAAUUGGCACCGCAUUAUUUCAAAAGCUUGCAUCAAACUCCGGUGGAAUUGGUGCAAUGUGCUUGA